GUGACAUAUUUACAUUUAGUGUUAACGAUCAUUUUUUUCAUGUAUUAUUGUAAACUUUCUUCUAUUUUGAGUUUGUACUGUACAUGGUUUAUAUGACAUUGAGCUCAUUUUUAGUUUUAUCCUUUUAAUUUUUAUUCCUCAGUCGCAAAAUUCAAUUUUUUUUUCAAAAAUUACACCUAAGUGAAAUGGAUCCAGCCUUGCUUAAGGAACGGGAAUUGUUUAAGAAGAGAGCACUUACUACACCAACGGUAGAAAAAAAGAAAGCUGAAUCUAAACCUGACCCUGUAAAGGAUGAUAAAAAAAAGUCAAAAACCAGCAGUGCUUCCAGUGGACCAAAGCUUGACAUUAACACCUAUAAAACUCACACAGGCAGCUCUCAGUACCGAUUUGGUGUUCUUGCAAAAAUUGUCAAACAUAUGAAACAAAGGCAUCAAGAUGGGGAGAGUUAUCCUUUAACAUUAGAAGAAAUACUAGAUGAAACCAAUCAAUUAGAUGUCGGCAACAAAGUUAAACAAUGGCUCCAAACGGAAGCACUAGCGAACAACCCUAAAAUAGAAGUGACUCCAGACUCAAAAUAUCUAUUUAAAGCAACUUAUAAACUAAAAGACCGAAAAGCUUUACUUAAACUUUUAAAACAGCAGGAUUUAAAAGGCUUGGGUGGAAUCUUGCUUGAGGAUGUCCAAGAGUCUCUACCUCAUUGUGAAAAAGCAUUAAAGAUAUUGGGUAACUCGAAUGAUAUAAUAUACAUUACCAGGCCUAUAGAUAAAAAGAAAGUCCUUUUUUACAAUGAUAGAACAGCCACAAUGCCUAUAGAUGAAGAAUUUCAAAAGUUAUGGCGGUCUGUGGCUGUGGAUGCAAUGGAUGAUCAAAAGAUUGAAGAAUACUUGGAUAAGCAAGGUAUUAGGUCAAUGCAAGACCAUGGCCCUAAGAAACCGGUUGCUAUUAAAAGGAAAAAAGCGGCUCAGAGGAAAAAGGUAUUUAAGAAACCUAGGGAUAAUGAACAUUUGGCUGAUGUGCUGGAGACCUAUGAAGAUAAUACUUUGACUCAGAAAAAUACGGUUUAGAGAGUAGAGGCAUCUGUUUGAGCUUGAAGCUACUUGAAAGUAACAAAUGGCUGCAGAUAUUGAGUGUGUAAAUAAAAUAAGAUAGAUAAUUUAUAUCGAAAAUUGUGACAUGUUUUCACAUGAAGAACAAUUAAUUAAAUAUUCGAACCAGAGGAAAAAUUUAUUAUAUGGUUGAUAUAAUUGUAUUGUGCGAUUACGUUUUCUUUUAUUGUAAAGCGAUUUUCUUUAUUUAAGAUUGUAAUAAUACAGUUGUUUUUUAAAUU